ACACAGUUAACACGCGGAAGUUCUGUGUUAUAGUUGACGAUGACGUUUGCCUGAGACAAAAAAUGUGCCUUGCUUCAGCUAACGGGAUGACUUAUAACCGGUGUGCUGCCGAAGAGAUUCAUUGAAAACUGCAGCAAACACGUAAGGGAAAUAAUUGAGUGACAGAGGCAGGAUGUUGGAGUCCUAUGUCACGCCCCUGUUGAUGACCUACGUGAACAAAUACAUUAAGAACCUGAAGCCCUCUGACCUGCAGCUGUCGCUAUGGGGAGGAGACGUAGUACUGAGCAAGCUGGAGCUGAAGCUGGAUGUCCUGGAGCAGGAGCUGAAACUGCCCUUUACCUUCCUGAGCGGUCACAUCCAUGAGUUGCGUAUCCACGUACCCUGGACCAAACUGGGCUCCGAGGCCGUGGUCAUCACCAUUAACACAAUGGAGUGUAUCCUCAAACUGAAGGACGGAGCACAGGACGACCAUGAGAGUGGUUCUAGCUCUACCAGUCGCAGCGCCUCAGAGAGCUCCAAGACCCUUCCCAAGCCCCGUCGCCUCCAGCAGGCGCCCUCCGACCCAGACCUGCCCCCAGGCUACGUCCAGAGUCUGAUCCGUCGGGUGGUGAACAACGUCAACAUUGUUGUCAACAACCUGAUCUUGAAGUACGUUGAGGACGACAUCGUCCUGUCUGUCAACAUCACCUCUGCUGAGAGUUACACCGUCCACGAGUUCUGGGACCGAGCCUUUAUGGACAUCACAGCUCCUGACCUGGUGCUUCGUAAAGUGAUCAACUUCAGUGACUGUACGGUGUGUCUGGAUAAGAGGAACGGCAUUGGGAUGAUCCAGUUCUACCAGGAUCCUCUCCUCUACAAGUGUUCCUUCAGGACCCGACUCCACUUCACCUACCAGAACAUCAACUCUAAGAUCCCUGCUGUCAUCAAGAUCCAGACGAUGGUGGAGUCCCUGAAGCUGUCCAUCACAGACCAGCAGCUGCCCAUGUUCAUCAGGAUCAUGGAGCUGGUCCUCAGCCUCUACUACGGAGAGAUAGGAGGAGGGAAGGACGGAGAGGCGGAGGAGGGGAGCGGACAUGGAGAGGUCAUCACUACACCAGGUCUGGACGGAGACCCAGAGGCCCAGGUCAUGGCAGGACAGUACCCCAGCCCAGAGCAUUACAUGCAGGGGGAGGAGGGGGACCAGGGCUGGGUGUCCUGGGCCUGGUCCUUCGUCCCAGCCAUCGUGGGAGCUGAGGAUGAGGAGGGAGAGGAAGGCUUCUACCAGCAGGGGGAGGAGGGAGGCCGGUCCAGCCCACAGCAGAACCCACCUAAAGACCCUGUUGUCUCCAUAGGCUUCUACUGCACCAAGGCCUCUGUCACAUUCAAGUUGACAGAGAUGCAGACGGAGAGCAGUUACUACAGUCCUCAGAAGAUGAAGAGCAGGGAGGGGCUCUGUCUGGAGCAGGAGGGGAUCGCCAUGGAGGUGCUGAUGAUGGGGGAACCCUUCUUCGACUGUCAGAUCGGCAUCGUGGGCGUCCGGGCGCUCUGCCUGAAAGGCAUCAUGGGAGUGCGGGACUUUGAGGAGAACUUGAACAGACGGGAGGAGGAUGCAGUGUUCUUCAGCUGCGGAGAGAGUCUGAGCAGUAAAGGCAUGACCUACCUGACCAACUCCCUGUUCGACUACCGCUCUCCAGAGAACAACGGGGUCAGAGCAGAGUUCAUCCUGGAUUCCACCAAUCACAAGGAGACCUACACAGAGAUAUCAGGCAUGCAGCGCUUUGGGGCCUUCUACAUGGAUUACCUCUACACAGUGGAGACCAGCAGCACCACGGUGUGUGUAGGGCAGCAGGACUUCACCAUGGCGACAGGGCCUAAAGAAGAACCGGUCCCCCCUGUCCAAGAGACGUCUGUCAAGAGGCUGGUGGUCGGACCUCUGGACUUACGGCUCAACAGCAGCGCUGUGCACCGCCUUCUCAAGAUGCUGGCCUGCGCCAUGGACCACGAGUACCAACCCUACUACAAACCACAACCAGACCCAGUGGAGGUGCCCCGGGCUCCAGCCUCCCAGGAGGAGGUAUCAGUGCUGGAGGAGUUUAUCCCUACCAGGCUGACCUGCCUCACCCUGCAGAAGGUCACUGUCACCCUCAACAUGGCCGAGUUCAACCUCCUACACACACUGAUUCCUGUCAUCAUGGGACAGAAGGCCCCACCAGGUCCGGUCAGUGCGCCAGUCUUCCAGGCGAUGCGGCCCCUGCCGGCCCUCAGGUUCCAGGUGGACAGUGUUAAUGUGGAGCACUCUGUUCCUAUGUUCGCCCCUGAGCUCAUCAACACAGUCUCCUCUCUCAGCCAGCCCUCUGAUAACCUGCUGCACCACUGUUAUACACACUGCUACCUCAAGGUGUUUGGAGUCCAGGCUGGUUUGACCUGUCUGGACAGUACAGGCGGUUUCCUCCCUCUGUCCCCUCUCAUCCCUUCCUUCAGUACAGCCCUCUACGGCAAGCUGCUCCAGAUGCCUCAGUACUGGACAAAGCGCUCGUCAGUCCUGAUGACAGAGUGUAUUUUUGAGCUGCCCAACUUCACGGUGCAGGCCACGCGUCCCCAGAUCCUGCUCCUUCAGGCCAUGCUGCAGAGCUGGACACACAGCCUGGGAGACGGCUCCUUCCCUGGGGUCAACGAGGCCCUGCUCAGCCAUGUCUACACAACACCAGGUGUGAAGUCUCCGUCUCCUCCUCCUCCUCCUCCUCCGACCCUGGAGGCCUCGGUCCAGAACGUGGAGCUGAAGUUCUGCAGCAGAGCCACGGGGACCUGCGUCGGAGGGACCGUGGGAGCUGUUAAAGUGUGUGCCAGGACCCCAGGUUCACCAGAGGGUGUGAAGGAGAAGCUGGUUCCUCUGCUCCAGGGUCCAUCUGACACUAAAGAGCUUCACCAGAGUCGCUGGCUCAAUGAGAUCCGUAAACCUGAGUCCCUGCUGGCCCCUGACCUCCUGACCUUCUCAGUACAGAUACCUCAGCACGGGGUCGACGGCCGUAACUCCUCUGGUAAGUCUGACGCCUCUAUCGCUACAAUACGCCAGCUGGUACGGUAG